AUGCAAUUAUCCUUAUCUGUAUUGACAACUGUCGCCACUACCCUUUUGGCGUUCGUUACUAACCCAGUUGACGCCAAGACCCACUCAAUCAAGUUGAACAAGUUGUCCAACGAGGAGACAUUGGACGCUGCUAAAUUCCAAGAUUACACUAAUGCAUUGGCCAACAAGUAUGUAAACUUGUUCAAUAAAGCCAAUGGUAACCCACAAGCGUUUGGUGCUCAACAAAUUUUGUCAGGAGGCGGCCACAGAAAACAGCACCCAGCUGAUAUUCCAUUUGUUACUCCUGAAAGUAAAGGAGGUAAAUACGAAGCACCAUUGACCAACUACUUGAAUGCGCAGUACUUUACUGAGAUUCAAAUUGGUACUCCCGGCCAAAGUUUUAAAGUGAUUUUGGAUACUGGUUCCUCCAACUUAUGGGUUCCAUCUCAAGACUGUUCCUCAUUGGCUUGCUUUUUGCAUUCGAAAUACGACCAUGAUGCUUCUUCUACUUACAAAGCUAAUGGAUCAGAGUUUGAGAUUCAAUAUGGUUCAGGUUCAAUGGAGGGUUACAUUUCUCAAGAUACUGUUAGUAUUGGAGACUUGGUUAUCCCUAAACAAGAUUUUGCUGAAGCUACCUCAGAACCAGGUUUGGCAUUUGCAUUUGGUAAAUUUGAUGGUAUCUUGGGUUUGGCUUAUGAUACAAUCUCCGUAAACAGGAUUGUCCCACCAAUUUACAAUGCCAUUAACCAAGGUUUACUUGACUCCCCACAGUUUGGGUUCUAUUUAGGAGACACAAACAAGGAUGAAAACGACGGUGGCGUUGCUACAUUUGGCGGAUAUGAUGAAUCACUUUUCCAAGGUAAAGUUACUUGGUUACCAGUUAGAAGAAAGGCUUAUUGGGAAGUUUCAUUUGAAGGUAUUGGAUUGGGAGACGAAUACGCUGAAUUGAUCAAGACCGGUGCUGCUAUUGAUACAGGUACUUCUUUGAUUACCUUGCCUUCGACUUUAGCUGAAAUCAUCAAUGCCAAGAUUGGUGCCACCAAAUCCUGGUCUGGCCAAUAUCAAGUUGAUUGUGCCAAGAGAGAUGAAUUGCCUGAUUUGACAUUGACCUUUUCUGGAUACAAUUUCACUUUAACUGCCUAUGAUUAUAUUUUGGAAGUUGGUGGCUCAUGUAUUUCAGUAUUCACGCCAAUGGAUUUCCCUAAACCGAUUGGUGAUUUGGCCAUUAUUGGUGAUGCAUUUUUGAGAAAAUACUAUUCAAUCUAUGAUUUGAAGAAGAAUGCAGUCGGUUUGGCUCCAUCAAAAGUCUAA